UCCAAAAAAACUGCCGAAAGCGACGCCGAAACCAUGGGCCGCUGCCGCUGCUGCCUCUUGGUCGCCGCGAGCCUGCUCACGACCGCCGCGGCCGCCGCGUUCGGCUGGUUCUACGUGUGGCAGGUGCUCUACGCGCCGUACCUGCAGGGCGCGCGCGACAUCGUCUACGACGCGGCGCGGGAGCGCGUGAUCGUUUCCGCGCUGCACAGCAACGUGAUCGCCGUCGUCGACGUGGCGACGCCGUCGAAGCCGAGGACCCUCGGCUGGCGCGCCGACGACGCGUUCACGAACGCGCACGGCUUCGCGUACGACCACGGCAGCGCCACGGCCUACGUCGCGUCGUACGGGCGCGGGUCCCUCGCCAAGGUCGACCUCCGGAACCCGGCGCGCGACAAGCUGCCCGUCGUCGCGACCCUCGAGAACGACGAGCUAUACAGCGCGACGCACGCGUCCUACGACGCGGCGCGGAACCUCGUCUUCGUGACGGCGGCCGGCAGCCACGACCUCGGCGAGGACGCCGACGUGCUCCGGGGCGGCCACGACCUGCUCGUCGUCGACGCGGCGACGAUGCGGCGGACGGGCCUGCUCACGGACUGGGGCGCCGGCGCGGAGCCGGCGUACCCGGUCUACUGCGUCUACGACGCGGCGCGCGCGCUGCUCUUCGCGUCGAACGACGCGCGGAACCGGCUCGAGGUCGUCGACGUCGGCGACGCGGCGCGGCCCGCGGUCGUCGGCGAGGUCGCGGCCGUGCCCGAGCUCGCGUACGUGUCGCAGCUGGCCCUCGACGCGCCGUCGAACCUCAUCAUCGCGGCGUCGCAGAAGGGCGACUCCGUGGCGGUCGUCGACGUCGCGGACGCCGCGAACCCCAAAAUUCUGGGGUCGCUGACCUCGGACGCGCUCGACGGCGCGACGGGCGUCGCCUACGACGCGGCCCGGCGCCUCGCGUACGUCGCGAGCGAGUUCGCCGGCACGCUCAGCGUCGUGAACGUGACGGACCGGGCGACGCCCGUCAUCGUCGCGGGCGUACGCGCGCCGUGUGGAAAUCGACCAGCGAGUCUCGGUCAGCAGACGUCGCGUCGAUGGCGUGGGGGUCACCGCGACGAUUUCCGCGCAGGUCGCGCACGACGCGCUGCGCGGGGGCGAGGCCGUCGCGUUCGACGCGGCGCGGCGGCGCGUCUUCGUCGCGUCGCGGACGAGCGCGUGCCUGGUGGAGGCCGACGUGCGCGACGCGGCCGCGCCGACGGUCGUCGCGGCGCUCUGCACGCCGCGGACGCCCGCGGACGCCGUCAAGGUCGUGGCGAUGGUCGCCGGGUCCUUGCUCUUCUUUUUGCUCGCGCUUUGGCUCGCGGCGGCGGCGUGCUCGCGAAAGCGGUACGCGCGGCAAGGGUACGGCCAGGUCGACACGUUCGACGAGGACGGCUACGACCUCGGCGACUUCGAGCUCGGGCGCCUCGAGACGAAGGACGAGUACUGCGACGACGACGACGACGACGACGACGAUGGGGAGGGGCUGCCCCAGGUC